GUCAGUGUUGUGAAAGUCGGCUUGGUUUAUUGGUAACUUGUGUUUGUUGCGCGUUUUGCAAUUGUUAAAGAUUAAAACCGCUUUUAUUGCUUCCAUUUAAAAGUAGAGCAACACAAAAUAUGUUUAGUUGCUAGUUCUGGAGACACCACACUCGAAAUGCAAUACUACUUGGGUGUUCUCUGCCUGGCGGGCUUCCUGGGCUCAGCUCUCGGCCAGUACAACCAAAUCCAGAGGGACAACUGCAUCAUACCGAAGAUCCUGCAGGGAUCAUGGUUCUCCUGGGAAACGGGCCUGCCCACGCUGACCGUGAUCGACGCCACCUCGAUGUCCAGCCGGGGCUACUGCAUCAACUACAUGCGCCACAAGGGCGACGAGUACUCCUUUGUGUUCAAGGAGCGCUCCAAGGACUGCUACCAUUGCGUGAGGACCAUCAUCCGCACCCUAAAUGUGUUCGAGAAGUUCGAGGGCCCCUGCGUGGGCAUUCCCGAUGGCCAGGAGCCCACCGUGGACUAUGUGUGCCGUGGGGUCAAGGACGACCAGCAGCUGAUCACGCUCUUCAACGAGAACUUUGUGCCUAUUAACUGCCGCUCCUCCUUGGAGGGCGUCUGGCAUUUCACCUAUCAGAACCGUUUCCGCUUCACUGGCGUCUGCGACAAGCCGGAUGCUCGCAUUCAGUCCUGCCAAACGGCGGGCACCCAGUUCUUGAUCCAGAACCAGAAGUUCAACGUCACCUACCAGCAGUGCGAGGGCAUGGAGGGCACCUUCACCGGCACCGUGGAGUUCAGCUGCCUGGGCGAUUGGUUUGUGGGCAAGAACCACUACUUUGCCGUCGCGAACACAAAGGAAUCGCGUAAGGAUGAGAAGUACCGCUGCUUCCUCAAGAAUCGUGACGACGAUCUUUACGUGGGUGUUUCCAUUACGGCUGAAUGUAAUACGCUUAAGACGCCAGAAACUUCACCCGAGCGUUUGAAACUGACGCCCGUGAAGGCGGAAUUUGUGGAGCCGGGCUGCACGUUGCCCCAGAACUUCAGCGGCGAAUGGGUAAACACUGCUAAUAUUGAUGCUGAUGUCUCGAUCAGUGAGACGCACAUCAACGAGACCUACUAUCCGGACAAGGCGCGCUACCGCAAGACGAUUUACGUUUGCCGCGAGCGUCGUGGCAAUCGGGUGAUGAUGGCCCGCCUGACCGUCGACGGUUGCCAGAAGGAUUACGUCUGCUUCGACUUUAUGCCCCGUCACCACAACAUUAUUCGCUACCGCAAGGGUUUGGCCGUCAUCAAGGACGACUUCAGCACGGUCUGCUCGUGGGUUCAGUUCCCCAAUUCAGAGGCUUGGAAAUAUGACCUCUUUUUGGCCCGCAAUCCUGUGCCCGUCCGUUGUCCUGUGGCGGGAAAAUUCAACUUUACGCAGCGAGGAGAGCAUCCUUUCAGAACGAGAAUCCUUGGUGGUGUAACGCUGAGUCCCCGUCCCGACAUCCAUUGCAAGCAAAAUAUCUCCGACUUGUCGGUCUGCGAUACUGACCAAAAGGAGCUGGCUGUGGAUGAAAACUACUGCCUGUCCGUGGAUCACUUGGGUCGUCCCGUUGAUAUCUACAGUGACCCGGAUUACCGCAUGAAAUGCAUUGGCUUCUGGAAGGAGAAUCUCAAGUCCUACCUGAUCACCUACGACGAUCUGGAUCCGCUGUCCAAGUACCGCUGCUGGGUCUAUCAGCGCGCCGACCUCAACCGCGUCCUCAUGUCGCAGGCUGUGGGUGCCUUCUGCAAACUGGAGCAGGACGUGACCUCGUGGAAUCACUCCGAAGGAGCAGCGGUGGCCAUCGAUGCCGUGGAGUACGAAAGAGAGCGCGACGACUGUCCCAUGUACUUUGACGACGGAUUGAACCCGUGGAAGCCAUCGGAUGCCUCCAAUAUCGUCUUCGACUGGGACUUUUACCGAGCAGGAGCAGCGACACUCGACUUACAACUCACUGGCCUCGUUAUCGUGGCCUGUGCGCUGGUCAGGAGCUUAGUAGCUCACUAAGAUCAAAAGUAUUUCUUAACUAUUCCAUCCAACGAAAUUUACAAAUUUACAACCAAUAUCGAAUGACUUUUAGGAAUAAUUGCGU